UGGUGCAAACGGGUGGCUCUGGCCUUCCCUGGAAACUGCCUGGAGAGGAGACAGCCUCUCAGUGUAUUUGCAGCCUUCACAGAUCAGGCUGCGUCUGCCCACGCCUGUCCAUUGCAAGAUGGUGCCACAUUUUCCCUGGUGAGAACCUGAGGACAGACCCUACCAUGAGUGUCACCCCAGAGGUCAAGAGUCGUGGGAUGAAGUUUGCUGAAGAGCAGCUGCUGAAGCAAGGAUGGACUCAAGGCAAGGGCCUGGGCCGGAGAGAGAAUGGCAUUACCCAGGCCCUCAAGGUGACACUGAAGCAAGAUACCCAUGGGGUGGGACACGACCCUGCCAAGGAAUUUACAGACCACUGGUGGAGUGAUCUCUUCAACAAGACUGCUGCCAGCUUAGUAGUAGACUCCGGGAAGGAUGGAGUGCAGAUAAGGCGUCUUUCCAAGGAGACCACCCAGCGCAGUCACCCCAAGCCCAGUUUGCUGUAUCAGAAGUUUGUGAAGACAGCCACACUAACCUCAGGUGAAGAGAAGCCUGACAGAGACUUGGGGAGCUGCAGUGAUGUUGACAACCAUGAACCCAUGCCCCCAAAGAUUGUGACGGAUGAGAUGCUACUCAAAGCUUGUGAGGGGCGAACAGCACACAAGGCUGCCCGGAUUGGAAUCACCAUGAAAGCCAAGCUUGCUCGCCUGGAGGCCCAAGAGCAGGCCUUUCUGGCUCAGCUCAAAGGCUCAAAGGACAUGGGCGCCUCUCAACCACUGACCGACAGUGAGCCUUCCCAAAAAAAGAAAAAGAAGAGGAAGAAGAAAGAGGAGGAAGAGGCUGCAACAACUGAAAAGAGUCUUGGUGAGGAGCUCCUGGAACACACCGACAAGAGCUUCAGGAAAAGCAAGAAGAAGAAAAAGAGGCAGAAAGAUGAGAGAGGGGGAACGGCUGUAGGAAGUGAGGAGGAAGAGGCUGCAGGAGAGAAUGGACUUGGAGAACUGAGCACAGAGCUAUCUGAUCAGUCUUCCAGGAAAAAGAAGAAAAGGAGGAAGCAGCGCCAUGAAGAAGAGGGGGAGAUAGUCUGUGAUGAAGGAGGCAGAGAUGUGACAGGCAGGCCAAAGGCAGUCAACAGUGGAGCAGAUAAAGACCCCAAGAGAAGCAGCAAGAAGCGUCAGAUGUGUGGGGAGGACUUGGAUACCCAAGAGGAGGAAGGGAAGGCUGACCUAACAAGAGGAGAGAGAAAGGUCGGAAGAAAAGACAAAAAGAAAAGCCAGCAGUGCUCUGAGGAGCUCUUGGAUGUCAGCAGUAAAGAUGAUGGCAGGACUCAGGAAGCAGAGGAUGAGGUGAGAGAAGUCAGCCACACCCAAGACAGAGCCAAAAAGAAGAAGCGGAAGAGGGACUGAGGGUCUAAUACUGAUCUCAGCUCACUCCUUUUCAGGGGUAGCCUGCUUUGGGGCAGGGUUUCUGCACACUCCUCUGCAAGCAGCUCUGGAGCACCAGUCUGCUGAGGGGAACCAAAGCAUUCUAUGCUAGCUGAGGGGUGAACAUGGUCCCCUGUGAAACUUCCUGUCCAAAAAGUAUAAACCUGGUGCCCAGCAGCUCACCAGCUAAAGGAUGGUGGGAAGAGGAACCAGGAUGCAGGAAUAUUUGGAAUGUCUCUUCUAAAAGUCUGAAAAUGUAGACUUCAUGAAAUGUC